AAAUAUUUCCUUGUAUGCCUCUGAUUUGUCGAAAGUUAUCACGUAGGGCGACUUUCCAUAACCGUGUCCUCUAAAAUAGAACAGUUUAAGGCUUUAUAUUAACGAUGAGUGUUAUUUUGGAGUAAAAUAAGCAACCAUAGGAAAGAAAAAUGGCAUCAGAUGCUAGACCAAGCGAAAUUUUUGUACAGAAUACAACUUUACAAGAUCAAAAUGGAGCGUUACAACGUCAGUACGAACGUUUGAACAGACAUCCAUCUAUCUUCCAGAGAAUGUCGAAACAUAAAUGUCCAAACUUUGUUUCAGGAGGGUGUGUUAAGCUUAUGGUCAUCAGCUUACUUAUUGUGACUGCCAUUGUUGUCUACUCUGUUACACAGAUAAAGCAAGACAGCACACUGGAAGCAUUGGUUGCACCAUCAGCUGAACGACAAACUGGUGAUCACAAUUCUGCAUAUGCAAUAGAAAUGCAUUUAGAAAAGCAGCCAAGUUAUCAAGACUGCAAAGGUCCACAGUUGAAACAGUCCUUUCCUGAUUUAGAUUACGCACUUUUGGGCUACAACAUAUUAAAGGGAUUUCCGCUCGCUGUCGGACAUGACCCAGGUUUUACGUAUCCCAUAUUUAAAGCAGAUUAUUCCGCCGGAAAACAAACAGCCGACUGUCGAUACUCGGUUCCAAGAGGACUUGUCGUCAUUCCAGACGUGUCUUGUGUUACGACAUUUUCAUCCACUACCAUACAAACCAAGUACGAAUUUUCCAAUGCAUUAUCAACGUAUGCAAAAUUUAGCGCCAGAUCUUGGGGAUUUAAAUUUUCUGCAAGUUUUGGCUUUAAAAGAUUUUCUUCAAAAAUGUCCUCGGGUAAAUACGUUUACGUUUUGUCCACAGCCAAAUGUAAUUAUUACUUCAGUAAAAUGUUAACUGAAAAUCCCCCACAAUUUGACGAUGUAUUCAUUAAAUGGAUACGUAAGCUGAAUGGAGCUCAGUCGGAUGAAGAGCUAUACUUUAAAUUCUUUCAAACUUAUGGGACACAUUUUGUAACUGAAGUAACGUUUGGAGCGAGAUAUACAAACGAGUUUAAGAUGACAUCAACAUUCUAUGAGAAACAAAUGCGACAAAAAAUUAACGUAGAAACAAGUGCGUCUGCUCUCUUGUAUGGGGUGUACACCAAGGCAAAAUUUAAGCUGUCACACCAUCAGGAACAAGCCAUGUCAGAUUUCCGAGAAAAUGUGGAGACUAAGACAAUGACCGUUGGGGCUCCGCCGCCGGAAGAAGGAGGUGCUAAUGCCUGGGCAUCCGAGGUGAAAGAAAACCCAGUACCGUCUUCAUACCAGCUCUCAUCUAUAGAAAAUCUAUUUACAGCAACAUACAUGAAGUCAUUGGGUGUUGAUUACAAUGGAAUAUUCAAGAAGAUCGUAAGUUACAAGCAAAACUAUUGCUUAUUCCUUCAAAAGAAAGGUGAAAUAGAAUCUUGCGAAGAUCUUGCUGCGGGCAUUGAAUUACGGAAUACAAGAAUUGUUGGAGAUUAUAAAGAGGAGGCGGUGUCGUCUGUGUCAGACUGUAUUGAGAUAUGUCUGGACGACAUCCCUUGUGUAGCAGUUUCGUUUUGUACCACUUGCUCGGCUAAAAACCGUGACUACAAAACGUGUCAUUUAAUCGCAGAAAACAAUACUGACAGUUUGACAAGUAUAAAGACCGAUGAUGAAAACGCUGAGUGGCAAACUAACGUGUUUCCGGGAAAGAUCGAUUUGCAGCUUGUGGUCAACAGUACAGGUAUUAUUGGCGUUCCGCGGGGAUUCGAAAAUGAGGAGGACAAGAAAGCAGACUCGAAGAAAUGUCAACAACUGUGCAUUGAGGACGCUUAUUGUUCCGCAUACUCUUAUACUGAGUCGGCUGAUACAGUGUCAAGAUGCAAAAUGUACGGAAAGGAGCAAAUGAACGGAUUACAGCCGGAAGCAACAGACACGGACACAUUUUUCAUUCCAACUUAA